AAAGUGUAGAUGUUCUGAUAUGGGAUCCAACAAACCGGUCAAACUGACUUUAAAUCAAGAGUUGACUGAGGUCAUACACUGGUACUCGCAUGCAACACUGGUUAUGCAUUAUAUGAUAUAAUUCACUUGAGCGAGUGUGGCACAAAUAACAUGUGUACACUGUGAUGCCUACUGCCAGCGUCAAUGUUACAUAUAUAGGCCACAAGUCAGCCAGUGGUGCGAACGUAAAGGCACAUUUCAGAAAUAACUUUUAUGAAACUGAGUUUAACCACACACAGCUCAAUCAAUGACAACACAAAAUAGCUGUGUGCGAUACAGUAUACACACGCGUGGUUAGUUAAUAGUGAACAGUGUGUUAUAUUUGUGGUAAAUAAAAACACGAUACAUUAGACCGCAUAUCAGUGUUAUCUUAAAAGUAAUAAUGCAAUGCUGUAAUUCCCCCGUCACAUGGACGAAUACAGGAAAUCAAGACAAUGACAAGAUAACCGCCGACAUGAUGAGGCGAUGAUGAUUAUACAUUGUAUUACCUGUCAAGUUUAGAAAUGGAGAGCGUUUCGAAGUCCUCCAAGCUGGAGUUUAAAGAUUUGAUGGUGUCAACUAAAUCUAAGGUGCUACUGAAGAAUGUAUCCGGAUCAGCGUCUAGUGGUGAUCUGCUGGCCGUUAUGGGGCCUACAGGCGCUGGAAAAACAACUUUUCUCAAUGUACUAGCGGGAAGAGUAUCACGUGACUCCGGGACAAUCACUCUGAACAGGUCACCUUUAAACAAAACACAGCGACGUCGCCUUGGUUAUGUGUUGCAGGAUGACAUAUUCCUGUCAAACCUGACGUUGUGGGAAACACUUUACUUUACAGCGAUGAUACGUAUACCAGACCAAGUAUCAAAACAAGAAAAGACGGAGAAAAUAAAUACAAUUGUCGAAUCAUUGGGUCUAAAAAAGUGCUUACAUACAGCUAUUGGGGAUAUUUUUUGUCGCGGUUUAUCCGGGGGAGAGAAGAAGAGAGCAAACAUUGCCUGUGAGCUGCUAACAGACCCAGAUAUACUUCUAAUAGACGAGCCGACCUCUGGUUUAGACUCUAGUACUGCACACACGCUGAUGGUUCAGCUGAAGAACUACGCCACAGAGUUUAACAAGACAAUAGUUGCCACUAUUCACCAGCCCUCCAGCCAAGUGUUUCAUAUGUUCUCCACCUUACUGCUACUCGUGGAAGGAGAGAUGGCAUACUUUGGUUUAGCCAAUAUGGUAAUAGAGCAUUUCGCUAGCCUUGGAAUGACAUGUAGUCAACAUUAUAAUCCUGCCGACUUCCUCAUGCAGAUGUUAACCCUUGAUACGAACACAAAGGAGAAUGAAACAGACACACAGAAGUUCGAAAGUCUGCAGUUGUUAAUUAGCCUGCGAAACGGAUACUCUGUUACAGAAACAGACAUGGAGGGAAGGAUAGGCCCAACAGAGGUGCCUCUUAUGCAUGUGAGAACAUUCUCUGAUGACGGUAAAACAGGUGGCGAUGCUGUCGAAAGGGAGACAACUCGCCGAUGGCCAACAUCCUUCUGGACACAGUUUAAAAUGCUGAACUGGAGAUCGUAUAAGCAAUCCAAGGGAAGAAUACUGCACAAAUUUGACCUGAUACAAGCUGCUUUCAUUGCUGCUUUUGCCAGUAUAUUGUUCUUCCAAAUAGAAGAUUCAGCCAACACUGUCCGAGACAGAAUGGGUUUGGUAAUGAUCACCUUGACGUAUUGGUCUUUUCAAAUGUUAAUCACUACGAUUUUAGGAUUUACUGGUGAGCGGGCGGUUGUCAGCAAGGAUCGGUCUGCCGGGGCGUACCGACUGUCAGCCUAUUACCUCGCCAAGAUUACCAGUGAGAUGCCCCUCCUACUGUCCGUCCCUUUCCUGUUCAACACUGCCGUGUACUGGUUGGCUGGUCUGGGAGGUGUGGACGGCUACUUUGUGUACCUCGGUAUUGGUAUCCUUAAUUGUCUCAUGAUACAGAGUUUGGCUCACAACCUUGGAGUAUUGAUUAAAGACGUCAGGCUGAGCAUGAUGGCUGGAAACGUGAUCAUAAUGGGUGGACUAUUGCUGGGAGGAUUCCUCAAUAUCAGUCCACCUGAAUGGCUGUUGUGGGUAAAGUACCUCACAUUUGUCCACUACCCCUACUCCGCCAUUAUGACGUAUAUACUAAAGGAUAUGACUGACGUAUGGUGUAACCAAACAAGUACAAAUAUCUUCCCCCAGUGUCUAGGCAAUGUCACAGAAGUGCUGACAUCACGUGACAUACUAACAGGGAUCGGUGUGGAUCUUCCUAUCUACUUCUACAUCAUGACAAUUGUGUUUGCUAUCAUGAUUUUUUAUGUACUGGGUUACUUCUCGUUGAAAUGGAAACGAGUGUGACGACGAAUCGUUCUGUUUUUCGAGGUUCUAUGCGGUUCGAGCUGGUUUUCUCGGUGAUAAACAUCUAUUAAUAAUUAUAUUUAUACCAAUGUGUUUCGGAAUCUUAAUUGAUACUGUUUACAUAAUAAAGUCAU